UUCAAACAGCCAACGUGCGCGCCCCUGUCUCUCCAGCUUCCGAGCGCCGCCGUCCACACCGUGCUUUCGUCGAUCCAAAAUUCAGUCUGUCUCACGUGCUUUGUGAAUAUAAAAGCUCUCUUGUUUCCCUGCAUCAUGUGUAGUGUGUCACCAGACAAACGGCGAAAGAUGGAGUCGGCGUUGGAGCAACUGAAGAAACACACCGUGGUCGUAGCGGACACCGGAGACUUCAACGCCAUUGAAGAGUACAAGCCCCAGGAUGCCACCACCAACCCCUCCCUCAUCCUGGCUGCUGCCAAGAUGGCCGCCUACCAGCAUCUGGUCGACCAGGCCAUCAAAUACGGCAUCGCCAAGGGCGGACCUGAGGAGGAGCAGGUCACCAACACCAUGGACAAGCUGUUUGUGAGCUUCGGCCUGGAGAUCCUGAAGAAGAUCCCAGGCAGGGUCUCCACGGAGGUAGAUGCCAGGCUUUCGUACGAUAAGGAUGAGAUGGUGGCUCGGGCCCUGCGGAUCAUUGCCUUGUACGAAGAGGCUGGUAUCAAGAAGGACCGUGUUCUCAUCAAGCUCUCUUCAACAUGGGAAGGCAUCCAGGCUGGCAGGGAGCUGGAGGAGAAGCACGGGGUCCACUGCAACAUGACCCUGCUGUUCUCCUUCGCCCAGGCAGUGGCCUGCGCCGAGGCCAAAGUCACCCUCAUCUCACCCUUUGUGGGUCGCAUCAUGGACUGGUACAAGGAGAACACUGCCCAGAAGAGCUACGAGGCCCAUGAGGACCCAGGUGUGAUCAGUGUGACCAAGAUCUACAACCACUACAAGAAGUAUGACUAUACCACGGUGGUGAUGGGAGCUUCCUUCAGGAACACCGGGGAGGUCAAGGCCCUGGCCGGCUGUGACCUGCUUACCAUUUCCCCCAGCCUACUGGGAGAGCUGAGCAAAGACCACAGCACCAUCACGCCAAUGCUUACGGUUCAGAAAGGU